AUGCAGUUACAGGACAUGAGUUACGGUUUCAUCAACAGCUGCCUCCAGUCUCUGGUGAUGGAGAGGUUUGGCCAGGAGACCUGGGACAAACUGAGCUCUCUAUCAGAGGUCCAGGAUACCUUCAUGACGUACACGGUUUAUGACGACAUCCUGACCCUCAACCUGGUGCAGGAGGCCUGUUCACUACUGGAUGUGUCUGCAGAUGUAUUUCUUAAGCUUUUUGGAGAACAUUUCUUUAUGUUCUGUAAGCAUGCGGGCUAUGACACCAUGCUGAGGACACUGGGAGCAAAUCUCAUUGAAUUCAUUGGAAAUCUGGAUGCUCUCCACAGUUACCUGGCUCUGUCCUAUGAGGAAAUGAAUGCACCUUCUUUCCGAGUGGAGAUGACAGACGAUGGGAAGAUGCUGCUUCACUACUAUUCUGACAGAAAGGGCCUGUACCAUAUUGUACCUGGUAUCAUGGAGGCGGUUGCCAGAGAGUUUUUUGACAGCAAAGUGACCAUGGUGGUUCUCAAUCAAUCCGAGGAAAUGGAGUGCACAGGGAAGAAGGAGCAUGUUGUGUUUCUGGUCAAACAGACUAACCAAGCUAGCAAGACUAGAGACCAGGACCGUUCCAGUCAUAGAGGGGAGGCGUUAUUCAGAACAAUGAGGGAGCGGUGUGUGUCACUGGCUGGGAGAAAAAGAGGCUGGGCCCUGAUCAGAGCCGUGGUUCUCUCAGAUAAAGGCAGCCUCCAUUGUACCUUCAGUCCAUGUUAUCCAAACAAGCUGUGGGUGGAAGAGAAAGCUUUCUGCAAUGCUUUCCCCUUCCAUAUUGUCUUUGAUGAGGAUCUGAAGGUCAGGCAAACGGGGGUGAACAUCCAAAAGUUCCUUCCAGGUCUCCAGGCCAGAGAUGCUACGUUGGACCAAUGCUUUACCAUCAUACACCCACAGGUGACUUUUACCAUUGAGAGCAUCAGGAAAUUCAUCAACAGUCAGUUUGUCUUGAAGGGCUACAACGACAAACACGCAUCGAUCAAACUGAGAGGUCAGAUGUUGUGGAUGGAGUCUCUCGGCUGUAUGUUGUACCUGUGCUCCCCAAAGCUUCGAAGCCUCCAGGAACUUCAAGAUGUCGGCCUCCACUUGGCUGACCUGGCCCAGCAUGACGUCACCAGAGACCUGGUUCUCCUCAACCAGCAACGUCUCGCUGAGAUGGAGCUCACCAACCAGCUGGAGAGGAAAAAAGAGGAACUGAGAAUCCUGUCACGGCACCUCGAAGCAGAAAAACAGAAGACAGAGACUCUGCUGUACUCCAUGCUGCCGCGCCACAUAGCCAAUCAGCUGAAGGAUGGGAAGAGCGUGGAAGCAGGGGAGUUCGAGGUGUGCACUAUUUUGUUCAGUGACGUGGUAACUUUCACAAACAUCUGUGCCGCCUGUGAGCCCAUCCAUAUUGUUCACAUGCUCAACUCCAUGUACUCCAAGUUCGACCGACUCACCAACAUACACGACAUCUACAAGGUUGAGACAAUUGGUGACGCAUACAUGGUGGUGGGUGGUGUUCCAGUCCCAACAGAAACCCAUGCUCACAGAGUGGCAAACUUUGCUUUGGGUAUGAAGAUAGCUGCCAGAGAGGUCACCAACCCUGUAACAGGCAAACCCAUACAGAUCCGGGUGGGUCUCCAUACUGGUCCAGUGUUAGCUGGGGUGGUGGGGGAGAAGAUGCCUCGCUACUGCCUGUUUGGAGACACUGUUAACACUGCCUCCAGGAUGGAGAGUCAUGGAGUCCCUGACCACAUUCAUCUCAGCACUUCCACAUAUAGUCAGUUAAAGGAUGCUGGGUUCAACAUACAAGAGCGUGGGCAGAUUGAGGUGAAGGGUAAAGGCCAGAUGACCACUUACUUCCUGGUGGGGAACCCGUUGGUGUCAGAAGAUAGCAUCAUGGGAAGAGAGGUUGGAGGGACCUGUCUGUACAGGGACCACCUCUAUGGCCAGAACAAAACAGAAUCAGACACAGAGCCUGAUGUGAAAAGUGAGCCUGAGCCAAGCGACACAUCCUCAGAUGGAGCCAUCAACCCCCACCCCAGCCGAUUGCACACCGUCACUCCCUUUGCCUGGGACAUCACCCCACCGUAUGACACCACCGACAAUACAUCGGCAACCAACUUCAACAGCAGACUCUGUGUUUUAUUCUGACGGAGAACCACCUGAGCCUCUUAUUGCCCGUUGAAAUUUUGAUUGUUUAAGACAUGGGGAUAUACAUUUUAUCCAUGUUCUGACACUGUAACUGUGCGUAUUCCUUGUUUGUUAGUUGAAUGAUUUUUUCCCCACUCUUGUAGGUUAUAGUAUG